AUGAGCACCCCCAAACGGUUAGUAAUAUUUUUGAGCUUUGAGAAAUUGAUUUUUAUGAGAAAUUAUUUUUAGAAGAGAAUCACGAGACAGCGAGUCAUCAAGUAUACAGGAUCUCCUGCAAAAUGUUGAAGCUAAUGAUUUGAAUAGCGAUGAUAUAAAUGAAGAAGUUGCACUAACUCUCAGUGCUCCACCAUCUCCAGAUGGCGGACCAACUGAAACACCAAAAACACAUCUUCGACAUCGACUGAAAAAACUGAAAUUGCAACCGGAUGUAAAUGAAAGCGAAAGCGAAUUAGAAGAUACAACAAGUAGUUUGAUGCGAAAACCUUCAAGAAUUUCAUAUGAUGAACGAUUAACAGUGAUUUGUGACACAGAAACAUCCACACCAUUGAGUAAGUUUUUUUCCGAAAAAAUAUACUUUUGAGUAAAAUACUUUUCAGACACGCCACCUCCCACAAAACUCGAAGAAGUUUUUCAGCCACGUGGAUUUUUCUCAUUUUUCUGGGAGGAACUAACACGUGGAUAUUCUCUAGAUAACGAUCAAGCGAGAUAUUCCGAAAAACGUCGGAAAAUUUAUGCGUUUCUCAGAAUUCCGCUGGAAUUAGAGCAAUUUUUACUUUACGGGCUUUUGCAAUGUAUAGAUGCAUUUCUUUAUUUAUUCACAUUCUUGCCACUUCGGUUAUUUGUAAGUUUUUUAAAAAUGAUUUUUUUGUUUGAAAAACAAUUCACAAAAUUUCAGAUGUCAUGUGCUGGUAAAUUAUUUCGAGUAAAAAAAUGGACUUCUGCUGAAACUUGUGAUGUUCUAAAAGUUUUAAUAAUUAUCUGCGCAUCCAUGUUGAUUAGAGAAAUUGGUGAGUUGUUUUUCAAAUUGAUUAGCACCAUUAAAAAUUUGUAGAUUCUUCGGUAUUAUAUCAUCAAGUUCGAAGUCAAGGAGUGAUAAAGCUUUAUAUAUUUUAUAACAUGUUAGAAGUUGCGGAUAGAUUAUUCAGUAGUUUAGGACAAGAUAUAUUGGAUGCUUUAUUUUGGACAGCUAAUAGUGAUCGAAUCACUCCUGGAAAUACGCUGAGAAUUUUUGGACAUUUAGCAGUGGCAAUUGGAUAUGCAACACUUCAUUCGUUUUUAGUUAUUUUACAAGUAUGUUCUGGAUUUUCAAAGUGCCAUGUAAUGUGUAAAAUUUUUAGGCUACAACUUUGAACGUGGCUUUCAAUUCACACAAUCAAGCAGUUUUGGCAAUUAUGAUGUCGAACAAUUUUGUUGAAUUGAAGGGAUCUGUUUUCAAAAAAUUUGCGAAGGCCAAUCUUUUUCAAAUGGCGUGCAGGUUGGAAAAUUUGAUAUUUUUGAUAAAAAACGUUCUCAGGGGUUAUUAGGAAAUCUCUCCUUUAUUCCUGCUCAGAAAUUCAGAUAAAACAUUCAAAGACAUGUAUUUUUAGUGAUGUCCGUGAACGAUUUCAUAUAUUCGCUUUACUUUUUGUUGUUAUGAUUCGUAAUAUGACAGCAAUGAAUUGGAGCAUCGAAUCUUUUGGUGAAAUGGUUCCUGAUAUAAUUAUGGUGAUUGGUGCUGAAUAUUUUGUUGAUUGGUUGAAACACGCUUUCAUCACAAAAUUCAAUGAAAUCAACUCGGCAGUCUAUAAAGAUUUCACAAUUACAAUUGCUUUUGAUGUGAUUCGAAGUCGAGAUCAAUCAGCAUUCAGUGAUUAUUCAGAUCAAGUUUCAAGAAGAAUGGGUUUUAUUCCGAUUCCUUUAUCAAUUAUGAUUAUUCGAGUUUUGAGUCAAACAUUUUCUAUCGAAAAUCGUGGAAGUCUCUUGAUUUGUUGUGAGUUUUUUUGUAAAUGCCCGUUUCGAUGAUAAAUUAAUUGAUUGUGUCAAUUUUUCAGUCAUCGGUUGGUUGGUUGUAUUUAUGCUGAAAAUCUGUAAUGGUGUUAUUAUGUUGGGAAAAGCAUGUGAACAUGUCAAAAAGUUCCGGGAUAUUCAGGCUCGAGCGGAGUCGAAUGAGUUUAGGAAGAGAAUGUUGGCAAAGAAAAGUCGAAGUGCACCAAAUUCGCCGAGAGUUUCGCUCAUCGAUUUUACAGGUAGAUAAAGCUCAUCGAUUUUACAGGUAGAUAAAGCGAGAAUAAUUUCAGCAUUUUGACUUUGAGAAAAAAAAACAUUCCAAAUCAUAAUUUUAGUCAAAAAAUCUCGAAAGAUUUAAAUUUAGUAUAUUUUAACGAAAAUAAGAGUUUCUUUUUUUUUAAAGUUUCAGAAAUAUCAAAAUUAUAAUUUUUAGAUGUUCUUCAUCAACCAGCGGCUGGUAAAGGUUUCACAGUUUCGGAUAUUUCACAAUGGGAUGAAAUUCAAACUCCAAUGCUUAUCGAAUCUCGAAUCAGUAUCGAUCGCGAAAAUCAAACAGUUCAUCGACGCGCCAAAAGUAUGGCACAUAUUCCACGACGCGAUUUAUCCGAACCUCCACCAUCAAAUAACGACGACACUCCAAGCAAUAACGAUGGAUCGAUUGGUGGAAGUAUUGUUGGUGUGGUGAAAGUUGGCGAUGAGCCACCAAUGCAAAAUCAAUCAGCUGAUAAUGGACAAUUGUCACCGAAAAAGAAAACAGCGACAGAAGGAGAUGAUGAAUUAGCUGAUGUGACUGCCUAUAAAAUGCCUGAACAGGGAGUUCAGCGGAUAGAGUAG